UCUGCAGACUCUUUUUAACCUUAUUACAUCAACAUCAAAUCCUUAAGAGAAAGAAGAAAUUCUAUAAGAAGGCAUGCUGCUGUGAGAAACAAGCUGCAAUGGAAUUAAAAUGAUGUUGCUGGUCAUUUGAUUUCCGUGAAGUGCAGUCUGUAAGAAGGUCAAGAGCAUUUUGCUGACAGUGCCACACUAAACUUCUACUUAACUCCUAAAAAUAGCGUCUCUUUGUCACAAGCACGCUCCUGGACCAUAAUUCUUUGGUCGGAUAUUAUAAUGUCAUGAUGAGAUACACUACGCUACCAUUACAUUUCUCAUUUAGGUCAUGAUUGUCCCGUGGGAUUCUAAUCUCCCCACUCCACCCAGUGUUAGACAGACUUUCCUCCGUUCCCGUCUGUAUCUGCUGACUGGCACUCAGACCUCCAGUAUUACGGAUAAGCAAUAGCAAAUUCCACUGUGUGCUCGAGGGGCUCAAACUUUCCAAAGGAAAUGUAGGGUUUCCUGUCCUUUCAUUGUGCUGGUCGGAUUCAAGGUUUUUGUUGGGGGUUUGGAGAUCGCUGUGAAUUCUGUGGUGAGACGAGCAUGUUCUCAAACUCUUGAUGCUGUCUUCUGGCAGUAUGUUGAGAGAGAGCAAAGCAGUGCAGAGCAUCAGAAGAUGCGUCAGCAGAAGAAAUAUGGCUGCUACGCCGGUCUCCUGGCCCAUUCCCAUGAGGGCUAUCGGAGCUCAGAAUCUGCUCACCAUGCCGGGAGGAGUCACCACAUCUGGAUAUCUGCACAAGAAGGGGGGCAGCCAGUUCAGCCUGAUGAAAUGGCCUCUUCGCUUCAUCAUAAUCCACAAAGGCUGCGUCUACUAUUUCAAGAGCAGUACUUCUGCCGCACCUCAAGGAGCGUUUUCACUCAAUGGCUACAACAGAGUCUUGCGUGCAGCAGAGGAAACAACAUCCAGCAACGUUUUUCCUUUUAAGAUCAUCCACUUCAGUAAGAGACACCGUACGUGGUAUUUCUCAGCAGCGAGUGAGGAUGAGAGAAAGAAAUGGAUGCGGCACUUGAGAAAAGAAAUCAGCUAUUAUAAUGAUAAAAGAGAUCUGCCUCUUCCAAGUGAUGAUUUAGAUUCUGAGAGUUUAUACGGGCAGUUAGAGGAGCCGCUGGAUAUCAGUCCUGUUGAAGAAGAUCCUGAAGCAGAUUAUAUGAUGCAUGAUGAAGACAGCGAUGGAGACGAUGGAUCACCAGUGUCAGCAGGUCGACCCACGGUUCCUCCUCCACCGUAUCCUCCACCCCCUGUUCCUGUUCAACCGAGAGAAAACCGUCUCACGAAAGGACCGCCGCCUCCGCUCCCCCCUCCAUUCAAAAAACCGCCCUGUACAAGCAAAGGUCCUCCUCCGCCGCUCCCGUACGCCCCACAUCUAGAGAAACCAGAUGUACACCUGUCAAACAGAGGCCCUGCUGGCCCCACGCCUCCUUUACCCCCUCCAAACACCACGAAGCCCAUGUCAGGCCCGUUCUCCACAAUGCCUGCUUGCGAAAGGAAGCCGAAUACCUCUCUCAUUGGGAAUACGGCGGCUACUUUACCCAUCGUUGAGAACUUGCAGAAAGUGAUUCUGAACUCGUCGAAACCAUCCAUUUCUAGCCAGCACCUGGGGGUGAAGCCCACACCUGACCCGCGGCCCGUCUCGCCUAACCUGUCCGGCUGUGUCAGCAACAGGGCGCACGGCCAGAUACCCAAACCUCUGUUACCAUCCAAACCGAAACCCAGCAGACCCUCGUUCCAAAGAGCUUCACCGGAUGGACAGAGUUUUCGUUCUUCUAUUGAAGAAAAGCCUUUAAAAAAACGAGUGCCAGGCAAAACUGAAGAAGACUCAGAUGAUGAGGACUAUGAAAAUGUGAAUUUGCCUCCCUCUGUCUUCGUGGACACAAUGGAAACCUGUAAUGUUGAAAGAUUAUUUAAGGACACAUACGCCUACCCACCGAACGGUCUGUACUGCAUCCGCAAAUCAGGAACAGGAAAAACAUCACAGGUGCUGGUUGUUUGGGACACGGAUAUAAAUAAAGCCAGAAAUUAUAGGCUCUUUGAGGAGGACCAGCGGGUGUAUCUGGAGGCAGAUCUGACAUUCCCCUCUUUAUCUGUCCUGGUUGAACACUAUCACAUCAACCCACUGCCCAGCAGUAACAACUCACUGCCCAACUAUUCCCUCUGUUUACAUAUACCUUUCGGCUACGUCCCACCCAGGUGACAUCGGCCCCCUGUCCCGUGCUGAAACACCCACCCGCUCUCUGCACCCCAACAGCCAGUGCUGGUCCUGGACCAGACCACUGCUGACAGCGCCACCUGCUGGUGAACACCUCCAUCACACCUGAGCACUGUGAAUAUCAGUGAAUAAUAAAUCAGUGCCAAUGAACUGUGUUAAUUUAAGACCAGUGUUCAGAGGGGAGUCUUAAUAUUACAAUGACAAAAAUCCAGUGUAUUGAACAGCAAGUGUGAACUUUAGUACACAUGCUGUACUGCAUAUGUUGACUGAUUGACAUGUAAUGUGAUUAAUCACUGUUUGUUUUGUUUAUUGGUGUGUUUAUCUGAGAUACAGUAAAAUAUCUAGUUCAACUGCUAUUAAGUGUCUUAAACAAAACUUUCAAAGAUUCGAAGCCACUAACCUUGAAACUUUAGCAAAUCCAGUGAUUAUUUCACCCUUAAAGAUGCUCGCUGUGUGGUACCUUUCUUAACAGAGAUUGCGGUGAAUCUUACGAAAGCUGUCAAGAACAUAACCGGAUCAUCUUUCAAUCCAAAAUUAAAAGACAAAAAUUAGAAACUGUUCAUCGCUAAAGGAAAAUUAGGUUUAUUUUAGGACCUUUAGGAUUUGUGUUACUGUGUCAUUAUUGCUUUUUGCAUCAUGACAAAAUUAUGUAAUGUAUUAUUGAAAUAGUAUUUAAAUAUAAUUUAAAUUGGGAAAUAUUUGGUAGUAUUUUGCUGCCUUUUAUUCAAGCUGAUAGUAAAAAAUAGUAAUAAUAAUAAUAAACAAUAAUAAAAAGCAAAAUGUACAAUGUUGAUAUUAGGAAAACCCAUUAAAAUUCCUUUUUUUGUAAGAAUUCAAAAACAAAUCUACAAAUACACUUAGUUUUUUAUGCAACAUAUUUUUUGGUUGAUUUGUGGGUGAUGCUGUGUGAGAUUCAGCCAGCUGUAUGAACGCUUGUUGUUAAAUGUUUAUGUCACAAUAUUCAUGUAUGCAAUGUCAUCAUCAUUGUUAUCAAGUGCUGCACGUGAUCCAGUGUGAACGGAUCUGAACCACAUUCCAACGUAAAAAGCCUGAAUGUUAUUGUAAUAUUUCAGUUAUAUGUAUUAUUUUAUUGUACAGAUUUUGUGUCAUAGUGUACAUUAUGUAAGUCAUUUAAUAACUGGAUAUUAUUAUGUUUGUACACACUUUUAAACUAAAUACACAUUGAAAAUAAAUCAAAUAAUUUAGAA